AUGGCUCUUGGGGUAUCUAAGAUGGCCGACCGUUCCAGACAAAAUGGCUGCCCUGCCUCCUCUCUGACCUGCUCCUUGCUUCCCUUUCAGAGGCCCAUGGAGGACCAGCGAGGGGCCGAAGCCAAGGAAGACGGAGACGAUGCCGAACUCCGGCUCAUCCUGGUCGGAAAGUCUGGCGGCGGGAAGAGUGCGACGGGCAACACCACCCUCGGCCUACCGGCGUUCGAGUCCCUCUUGGCGGCCAAGACCACCACCGUCGAGUGUCAAAGGGCGCAGGGAACCUGGAAGGGGAGGACGAUUUCCGUCCUCGAUACGCCCGCUUUGUUCGACGCCGAAAAGACGGAGACCUCCCUGGAAAAGCAGCUCGAAAGCUGCCGUCAGAUGUGCCGCACCGGUCUCCACGCCUUCAUUUUGGUCACCCAGGUGUGGCACUUCACCGCCGAAGACGCGGCCGCCGCCAAGCAGGUCUGGAAACUCUUCGGGAACGAGUCCGCCUCCCGGACCAUCAUCCUGUUCACCUGCAAGGAGGACCUGGGAGGGGACGACCUGGAGACGUACGUCAACAAGGCCCAGAACAAACACCUGUGUAAGCUGAUCAAGAAGUGCAACCGUCGCUUGUGCGGGUUCAACAACAAGGCCGAGGGAGGCGAGCGGGAGGAGCAGGUCAACAAGCUGAUGAGGAUGGUGGAGGAGAUCAUCGCGGAGAAUCAAGGGGAGCCGUAUGUCAUCCCGGAAGGCCCCGAGAAAUCAAACCUGUGGUCCAAACAAUUGAAGUGGAUCAAAGAAUUGAAGGUUAAAUCUUGAGAGAAUGUCCAGGGU